AUGGGCCGUUACGGCCACGAAUUUCUUGAAUUUGAGUUCCGUGCCGAUGGAAGAGAAGACGAUCAACGAUGGCCAAAAAAGAAUGUUGUUGGACGACAGGAACUUGAAAUUCGGUUGGGCAAUGAACACAUUUCAUUCGAG